ACGUCACAGUAUAAAUUGCACUCACUUGGAACUGAAAUUUGGUCAGGAGGGUAGCUCUCAAGGAGUUUGGAGGUUGACCGAUUUUAAGUUUACAGAAAAACACGUGCAGUUUGUCAAAAUGUCGACGAUGAGUUCCGACAUCCCCUCCAUUAAGGUAGAAGAUUUUGACCAGCAACCUGAGGGAAUCAAGUAUGCUAAUAACUUUGAUAUCUGGAAGAACAUUAACGCCAUGCUUCACGGAAGCCUGAACGUUCCAGACAUGGGCCCAACUGCUGUUCCUCCUGACCAAUCAAAACAAACUGUCCAUCAGAUGCCUGUCCGUUCACACCAGGACUCCACCCCCAGCAUUUAUGAACAAUUAUACAACAGUGUAUAUUCCACCAACACAGCCUAUCAGAGUACAUCCGGGGCUUACAGCAGUGGGCAGGGCUACUCCAAUAACCCCUACCCAGGUUUUCAGCUAUUCUCUGUAGCGGGCAGUAACCAAUCACAGAAUGGCUCAGGCUCGCAUCAAUCUCAUGCUGCUCAUUCGACGCAUGCUUCUCACUCUGGUCAGCCCCAGCCACAGAUUCCUAAUUAUGGCUAUGGUCAGCACUCUUACAAAGACAUGUACACCACCCCACCAAAACAGUCGCGGGCCAUCAAAGGCAGUCCAGCCACGCCCAACAGUAGUGACUAUGGUACACUGUCUCCUCAGAGUCCACAAGCUGAAGGUGGCCUGUCUCCCGUUGAGAAAAUGAUAUACUCCAGCAUCAUGCAGGGAAACAAACAGACCAGGAGUUCUUCCCCUUGUGAAUCAGAUACCAGUGGUAUUAGUAGUGAGGGCUCAGAGGCCGCCCUCAUAGACAUGAUGAACACUUUGAAUAUAGGGAGUCGAUCUCAACAAGCCCAGCAACAGUCGACAGUGCAGGACGUGGCAGCCCAGAUUUACAACGCACAGCUACAGCAACAGCAACAACAGAUGGUCAGGGACAAUGCUAGCGCUCUGAGUCAGGUCAUCCCCCAGGCCAGGACAACGUACGGAGGUAUGGUCAAUCCUUUCCUCAUGGCCAGCACGGACCCUUAUGCUAUCGACCGAGCGGCUAGACUCCACAGGAAUGCUGCAUCGAUGUGUGAAGCCACUUGUACUUGGAGUGGACAGCUGCCUCAGAAAAAUCACAAAAACCCGACAUAUUCCUGUAAGGUAUUCCUAGGGGGCGUGCCCUGGGACAUUACUGAGGCUGGGUUGCAGUCAUCAUUCAUGAAAUUUGGAUCAUUCAAAAUAGAGUGGCCAGGGAAAGAUGGCUAUGUUUACCUAUUAUUUGAGUCGGAGAAGGCUGUCAGGGCUCUGUUACAGGACUGUACACAUGAUUUCAGUAGUGGAGACUACUACUUUAAAAUUUCGAGUCGCAGAAUGAGGGCGAAGGAGGUGCAGGUGAUCCCGUGGAUGCUGGGUGACAGUAACUUUGUCCGCCAGCCGUCCCAGAGACUAGACUCCAAUAAGACGGUGUUUGUGGGGGCUCUCCAUGGAAUGAUGACGGCUGAGGCUCUGGCAAACAUCAUGAAUGACCUCUUUGCUAAUGUUGUGUAUGCUGGGAUAGAUACAGAUAAACACAAAUACCCUAUAGGAAGUGGUAGAGUGACCUUCAGCAGCAAAAAGAGCUACAUGAAAGCAGUACAAGCAGCAUUCAUUGAAAUCAAGACACCAAAAUUCACAAAGAAGAUCCAAGUGGACCCGUACUUAGAAGACAGCAUCUGCAGUCUGUGUGCUACACAGCAGGGCCCAUACUUCUGUAGGGACAUGCAAUGCUUCAAAUACUAUUGCAGAAACUGCUGGUACUGGCAGCACGCCCUGGAUAGUCUCCGACAUCACAAACCUGUCACUCGCAACACCAAAACCACCAACCUCAUGGCCUCGGUUUAAAGUUUGCCAGGCUUUUUCUUUUUUGGGGGGGAUAGCAGUAAGGAUGAAGGUGAAGGAACAGCCAGAAGAAUUAAAGUUUAUGGAAUUAUUUUCUUUCAAAUGUGCUCAAAAAAGUGCUAGACGUAACUGUGUAGAGAAUCUUUUACAUUUUAGAUGUCUCGUUUUCUGCGUCCAGGUAGACGAGCGGUCUAUGAUUAGCUGGAUCACCUGUCUCGUUUUACAUAUCUCGUGUAUUAGGGAUGUGAAUACUAGAAUGAAACUUUUUAAAAUGUUUUCUCGUCAUUUUUUUGUAAAGUUUUUUCUCUCUCCCAUUUUAACAUUGAUAUGUUCAGAGCUGUGUAAUUUGGAGGAACAAGACGAGGUGAAUCAUUUUACAUGGUAAAACACCAAACUUUUUUUAAAAUCUUGAUGUUUGAUUUAAGUUGUAUUUUCCAUGUCAAACAAAGAAACUAUUUCGUGUUUUGUGAUUUUUACAUCUUAAUAAUGUAAUACUACUUUUUACUCUGUCUUGAUUACUAGAUGAUUAUAAGUUGAUUAUAUAAGUUGAUUUAUAAGUGAUUUUCUUAUUGAUGAAGAAAGAAAAAGAAAUAAUCUUUAUUGAAUAUACCGAAAGAACAUGUAUAGGCUAUAGAGAGUUGCAGAACACGUGGCUUAUAUACGAGCAGGUGCUCUUUAAGAUCAUGAGAUACAUGUAUAUUGUAAAUUAUUUUUGUUUCAGUUGAGAUAUUGUGUUGUAGUGUUGAGUGUUUUUUUCCCCAGUUAAAUCUGUUUUUGUUUUUUUGAACUGUUUGAUUAUGUUAACCAUUUUCCCCCACUGAAAUGGAAUUCUGGAGUGCUAUCGGUAUAUUGUAUGUUCAAGGUUUUUCAGCAAUGGGACAUUUUGUAUUGUUUAUUUUGCAGUCCUUGAAAAGUAAGAAUGCUUAGUUUGUCGAACUGGAAUUCCUCCGGUUGAAUUGUGAACAAAAUUAAUAUUUUGUGUUAAAAAAUUUUGAAGUAUGUAUUAAGGAUAUGGAGUAAAAAAGUAUAAUAGAUUUAACUAAAAAGAGCUUUCUUUUUGAAAGCAUGGAGAAAACUUGCAGCGUUUGGAAAGGAAUAUUAUUUUUAAGAUAUUUUACACAGACAGAAAUGUGACAGUUUUUAGACACCUCAGAUUGGGCAUUAUGAUAAUUAUAAAUUCAUUUCUGCACAUUUUAUAUGGUAUUUAUUACGACAUUUAUAUCAUUUUUGUACCUUUGAUACCAGCGACCAGACCUAUUUUUUUAUUACCAAAGUGAUGCAAACAUUCCAUAUUAUAGACUUUUUUGUGUGUAGUAUAUAUGUCUUUGGAAAUCCAUAAUUUUUUUGUGAUUUUUGUUUUGUUGUUGUGUUGUAUUUUAUUUAUUUAUUUUUUUAUUUUUUCAUCGACCUCGGCCUCAUGCACCUGUUGUAGGCACGUGGUGAACAUCUUCAUGCUUAUGCAUGUUAUGAAGGUUGGAACUGUAGAACUAAAGAAUCGUACAAAAUUAAGAAAAAAUUCGAAAUCACGUUUUUAGUGAAUAGGCCAUUAACAAUGCAAUUAUAUUAUAAUAUUUGUAAUGAUUUUCCGAAGUUGAUAUUUUUAAUUGGAUAGCUUAAUGUUGCAAAAAGCAGACAUAUGUAACUGAGUUUUUAAUUUUUUUUUAAAUCGAUAUACAUCUGUAGGUUGGACAGUUUUCAAAUUCAGAACAGUUUUUUUUUCUUUUCUUUUUUUUCCAUUUCUUCUUUUUUUUUUUGAGCGAGUGUUUUCAAUGAUACAUGUCAUGUGACAGAAGGACUUUAAAUAGUGGCAGAUCUAGUAGAUUCAGAAAACUGUGUCCUGAGUGUUACUAUGAAUUCCAUUUUCAAGUUGAAUAAAUAUGUUGAUUGAUUAACCAAUUACCAAAAAAUCAUACACAAAUUCAUAGUUUUAAAUUGUUGUGGGUUUUUUUUUUUGUUUUUUUUUUUAGAUUUAUGUUUAUAAGUUUCAUGUAAAUCAAAACUGAAGGUUUUAACUGUUUUCUGGAAUCGGAGGUUUACAAUUCAAUAUAGCUAGCUGUACAGGAAAUCAUGGUUUUAUCUUUACUGAUCAAUUUUAAGUAAUAAAUAUGUAUUAAUCAUUGUUAAAAAGUGAGGUCAAUGGCUGAACACUGCUUUCUGUUUCCGUCUUGAAGAGAAAUUAGAAAAUAGAUAAAGCGAAGGUUAAUGUAAAAGGAAAAUGAAUGAAAUUAGUCCUAUUUCUUGUGUGCUGAAGGAUCAAUAAGGAAAUUUUUUUUAGCUAUCUCCUCGUAUUUUUUUUAUUAACCAGGCUCGUGUUUAUAUCUGCACAAAAGGUCAAAAUUUUACAUCUCGAGUUUUAAACGAGGAAUGAACUCCAUCCAGUUCCUUGACAGUAAUUUCAUGAGAGAAUACAGGAUGCUGUGUUACAAAGGUUAAAUUGCUAUGUUUAAAAUUAGUGAUACAGAGAGACAGAAGGAAAUAUAUGUACAUUAAUGAUUGGAUUUUCACAAAAGAAAAUGGACUAAUUCAGGUAUUUUGAGUGUAAAUUUUCCAAGUUCUUUAAAAUUGGAAUUUGUUUAGCUUCCAGUAAGAGAGAUGUGCAUGUUCAGCUAUUGCAGUUGUCAUUAUACAAAAUAGUAAUUUUACUGUGUGAAUUAACGGACUCCAACAGGGUGAAUUAGUCUCCAAUCAAGAGAAUAAUUAAAGCCCUGAAUAGAUUAUAUUUAUAUUUUGAAGCAGGAGAGAUCACAUUUUAAUUGUCCAGAGAUGUAAACUUAUACAGUAAUUUAUUUAAGAAUGUUGUGUAUAAUGACAAUUAUGGUGUGUUUUUUGAUUGAUUACACUUGAUUAUAAAGCUUUUAUUGUGAAAAAUUGAAAAUUUAAUUUUUUUCAAUUUGAAUUGAUUUAAAAAUAAUGCAUAGCAUUAUCAAGGGGGAGAUAAUUCUUCUGAUAUCAUUUGUUUACAUGAUGGAAAAGAGGUUAGUACAAAAAAAACCACACUGACCAUGUUAUUCCAGUUUUACAAGAUUUAAUAUUUAUAUAUACAAUCUUGAAUAUAUAUGUUUAUUGGUCGAAGAGGUUAGAUAGGAGAGAUGGAAGUUCAGGGUGAAUAGAGACGCGUUUCUGGCCCUAAAAGUAUAGGUGCCUUUUUAUUUUUCUGUUCAGAUAUUGAUUUUUCAAGUGUUGAUUUUUGCAGGUACUUGAACGAAACGUUAGGACUUUUCAUCAUAUAUACAUCUUGUGUAAUCUUAGAGCUGAUAGAUUUAUGGGUUUCUUUUAUACAUGUAAUUUAGGAGACGAAUAUUAGAUAAGGUCUGCAGUUUUGAGAGAUUUUUUUUUCUAUAGUGCAGUAAUGGCAGACAGCCAUCAUUUUGUGAAUACAGUUUGGUAACAGUUUGGUUCCUUUGUGCCAGUUUUUUUUUUUUUUUUAUACUGCACAGCACAAUUAUUUUGAGGCCUUGUGAUUAAAAUUUGAAAAGCCAAAAAAAGGAAUAAACUGUUUUUGUAAGAA